AUGGAACAAGCUAUGGGGAAAUAUUUUUAUGAUUGGUUGAUUGAAGAGAAGUUAUUACAGACUAGUUCCCUCGAAGAUGACGUUUAUAUAUAUGCCAACAAUGUGGAAAGGUGUAUAGAAACUGCGGCAGCUUUCGUUGAAGGUGCAGGUUUCGGUGUAGACGUUUAUCACAAGAACAUCACAGACGAGGACCCGGUUUUUGAUGCAGUACUAAGAAAUGAUACCGAAGAGUUUAUAGAAGCAGUUACAAACGCCAUGGAGAAUAAAAUAAAUAGCUACAACUUGACAGAUGCUUUCUUAGAGCUAAACGAAAUUGUGGAUCUUGAAAAUUCGACUAUUUGCUCAUAUUACAGUAUUUGUGAUUUGAGUACGUUAGUAGAUGAGGUUAGUCUGGUUGUAAAUGAGCUGCCGUCUACCACUGGCGGUUUAGUCUUCGGAUAUCUUUUUAUGGAUUACUUUUUGAUGGAAUAUUAUGACGGGAAAACUUUAGACGAGGUAGCUUGGGGCGAAAUACGAACAACAGAGCAAUGGAAGAAAUUAAUUGCAGUAUCAGAAGAUUAUAAAGAUGUGACCUUCAGAACUAAGCCCUCCGACAGAGAUAUGUCUUCAACAUUACUUGAAUAUAUGACCGAUGUAUUUGAAAACGGUACAAGGAAAUUCUAUCUUCUAGUGGCGCACGAUGCCAAUAUAGGUGCGCUAUUGUCUUCCUUAAAUUUUAAAAACUACACUCUGAUUGGUCAGUUUGAGAAGGAGCCUAUUGGCGGGAAAGUGGUGUUUGAAAAAUGGUACGACGAAGUGAAUGAUAGAGAGCUUCUGCGAGUGCGCUACGUGUAUCAGUCCUCGAAGCAGAUCAGAGAUGGCGUUGAAGCCAGUUUACUGCACCCGCCGCUAGAGGCGCUGCUGCAAAUGGAAGAUUGUGCUGUUGAUGCUAACGGCAGCAGGCCCGAAAUAAAGGGGGAGUCACCAUUCACCACACCGCUGGGGGCUGGGAUACUCUUCGAGCCCCGCUCCGAGGCGGAGUACCGCAGGGGUCUCCCCUCCUUCACACCGAUUGAAGAUAUCAAGAAACUCCUGGAGAAGCUGGGCCACCCCAAAUACGCCAAACGGAUAGACGCAAGAGGGGGCUGGGGCUGCACGGGUGUGUAA